AUGGAUGGUGUACGAGGUUCUGGAUGUCCUGGAGUUAAGGUUGAUUGGAGAGCGGGAAACAUCUUUACAACAUUCCCAUGGCAGAUGUUCCAACAGAAGGACACGCCAUUCUGGCUGUCGCACGUUGCAGGUCAUGGGGACGAUUGGGUCAUUCGCAUACGUUCGAAUCGGUGCAAUCCGCGUGUCAACACCAAUGGCACAGUUUGCGAGGAUUGCACUAGUACGCGACAGCAGCGAACCUUCCGCAAUGCUGAGGACCGUGCAAAGGAAUCCACCACGCCCCCACAUAUGAAUGCCUUAUAUCUUACCCAUGAUCAACUCGCUGCUAAAUUGGCAAAGAAGGGAAUAUCUAUACGGGAUUUGCAACAGACGGUCCGACGCCGAAAUAGUAGCUUGAACAGUGCACAUCGAGCUGUUACAGACCACAAGCGACUGUUGUCAGCGAUUGCAACGGAGGACGUAAAUCGAAUGAAGCACUUGGUUGCAUCAGGCAUCCGCAAUUGUAUGAGCGCGAAGGCGAUUCUUUCAAAUAUAUCCAACACCAUCAUCAAUCUUCGCACCGUCAAGCAAUACGGCCAAACUGACCUUGAUAUUGCAAUGCUAAUCCGGCAUUAUGGAGGUCGCAAGUGCCUAUUUGCGAUGUCGAAAGCUCUGGGAUUACCCUCGUUGAGCACGCUCAAUAGAUCAGCACAAUGGUCCCCAAUCUUACCGUGUACAGGUGACCCCCAACUCCCAUUAUUACUCGCCAACCUGGAAGCUAGCUUUCCAUGUGACAUAUCUCCGCUACCAACACCCUCGGGAUAUUGCCUUCAAAUAGAUGGUGUCGCGAUCCGCCGCAACGUUCGGUGGAUCCGCCGUCUUGAUUCAAUUGGUGGCUUAUGUCGGGAGCAUGUAGAUGAUCUCGAUAUCUCCAUGCGAACCCAUGAUACUACAAUGCGAACAUGGGAAGCAGUUCAUGGCAAUGAACCAACUUGCCAUUAUGGCUCGGAGGCAACUGUUGCUGUUUUUGGGGCGUUCAAUGGCGUGGACUACGAACCACGACCAGUCCUCGUGUCAGCAACAUGCAACGCGGAGAAGGCACCUGAGUUUGCGAGCUUAGUCCGGCUACUGGGAAAGGCAUGGGAUCAGAAUGCAUGUGGUGUUUAUGGUGCACUUUGGUGUAUCUCAACGGAUGGAGCCUCGACAAUGCGCCUUGGGUGUCAUCAAGUGUGUACCACACAUGAACUCGACACAACAAACCCUUUAUUCGGCUACCUUGGGGGCCUUCCUGGGCUGAAUCUCGCAUGCGGUGCCGAUAAUGUGACAUAUUCUUCGGACCCAAAGCACUGUAUUGAACGUAUAGCAACUCUACUGCGAAGCAAGAAUGGGAUGAUGCUCAAUCGGCAACAUAUCAAUUCCGCACAUCUUCACUCCUUUCUUGUCCUCCUCGAUGGCGAAGAUGAUGCAAGUGUUCGAACCUUGAUUGAUCCGGCUGAUCAUCAGAAUGUCCCUCGUGCGGUCAAACUGAUGAUAAUGAUCAGUAUGAUCUCAACAUUGAAGGACUCAACUGUACGACCAAUUGACGAGCCAGUCCUCAACGUGCUGCUGGCGUUGAAUGAUCUCAUCAGUGCCUUCCUUGAGCCAUUCAUUAAUCCAAUUCUGUCUCUCAGUGAACAGCUUACCUCACUGGCAAAAUUUGCUCACCUCGCGUUUGUCCAUCAUCGUCUUCAUGGCACCAGCUUCAUGACAAACCAGCUAUAUGCAGACCUCCAGGGUGUGGUCAAAACUGCAUUCUUCUGUGUUGCCAAGCAGAAGGUCCUUGACCGCAGCAAGUCUUUCUAUCUCUACCAACAAGGAUCGGAUCGUUUAGAGCAAACCUUCGGUACCAUUCGGUCAAUGACUCACGAUCAAAAUGUCGACAUCGUUCAGCUAUGCGAGCGACUCUCUGAUUGUGUAGAUGUCGAUAAAAUUUUCACCAAGCAUCCAGACUGGAAACGUGCACAUCGUCGACUGUCGUACACCGGCACAGAAGGUGUCGACCAUGUAAAUCCAGCAUAUUUCACAGGGAACCUAGUCGUCGAUGAUGUCUUGUUAUCAGGUGUUUGGAGAUCUGGCCGAAUCGAGGCUGAGUUAGCACUACGAGAUCGGCACAUAGACUUCGACUUGAAGGAUGCUCUUCGGGCUGAUGAUGUCAACUUCUUGUGUCCCUAUGGUGGAAGGAAAUUCGUCGGCGUCACUGAAGAACACGAUCCAUCUCUAGACGACGCAACCGAUCCUGUCCCAGACGUUGAAUCAGUGGUUACCGAUACCCAGGAGUCGAACCAUGCAAGUGGUCAACAUAUGACAGUUGAUUCGACACUAUCAACAUCUCCAACAUCGGAUUCUGUUAAAGACGAACUCACAGAUGAUGAUAUACAUCUGGAAGACUACAUCGGUGACGAACCUGAUCAAUAUGGAGAAGUCACGACAUCUGAAGAUAUCCCGGCUGACUGGUUGGAAGUUCCGACAGGCAAUGGAUCCGAAACGAAGCCGAUUCACAAGGCGUCUGUGUUGGCAUGCCUGUUCAAGUCAGGUGUCACGAAGCUAUCGGCGGACAGGCUAUCACGGGUACGUGGGUACACAAAAGACUUCAAACGUGAGGAAGAGGCAGCCGAGAGUCCAAUGGGAGAAGCCAUUCUGCGGGUCAAGGAUGUAGUCGUCAGUGUGGUUCAAACCAGCGACAAGGUAAUUGCACCAGUCUUUGUAGCGGUCUCUUCCAUAAUCAAGAACGGCAAGACAGUCAUAAGUGCCACCCUCGAUGAAAUGCACUCUUCUGAGGCUACCGGUAUCCAUAUUGCAGGACAAGUUCUCGCAGCUGACCUCUGUGAUUUUGAUGGUAGCACUAGCUUGGUCUGGAAUGGAGACUACUCUUCUUUUAUUCCACCGCGAGCAAACCGGAAGCAACCAACAGCCCCAGUGUUGAAUUCAGGACCAACCAACGGCUUCAAAAAUUGCCAUCUUAUUGAUUUCCCGGGCCACCUUGUUUUCCCUCUCAAUGAAGGCCUCGUUUCCAGUGAAAAACUACCUGAAUCACUCACAAAAUUGAACCUCGAAGCCCUCGGUAGAAAGAAUACAUCCUACAUAACGCUUACCAAUUUCGACGACCUGAUUGCUACUGAAUUCGAAACUGUGCCGCUAUCAGCCUAUCAGAAGCUGAAGAAUGUUGGUAGCGCAGCCGGAGUUCCUCUCAUGGACUCAGCAGCUGAACCUUUCGUAGUCAAAGAUGCAACUAAAGCACUUGUGACCAAGCAAAUGGCAACGAAAUCAAGUAAGAUCGAUUGCCAUCAAUGCGGGAAAUCUAUCAAUCAUACGGAUGGACGUGGUCAUGCUAGCGAGCACAUUCUAUUGAAGCUCGCUGGUUUGAAGGAGCAGGGACUUCGUGAGGAGAUCAGUGAUGUUCUGAAUGCGUGCGGAUUCUGUGGAAAGGGCACUUGCGGGACAACAUCGAUGAAGCCUCAUUCCAAAAUGGAAGUGGCAUCUGAGUGCCCUCGCGCACACCCGUUUGUGCUUGGCCGUGCUGUUCAAACAACCGGACGGCAUCCAUCUACAAAUGUACCCGUGCGUUGCCGUGUCUGCCCUUCUGAACACCCAACAUCCCUCUGGAAAUAUUCUAUGUUUCUUCACAUCAAACUCUCGCACCCUCAUCUUUGGGAUCACGGGUUAAAUCAGCCGAAAAACCUACCUUCUGCAUUCUUGGACGACCUUCGAGUUUCGCAACAAGAACUAUCCUACAUCUUGAAAUCAAGACCCACUAUCAGGCCCAAUCCAGAUACCCCACCGGCCGUCUCACUCCCAUUCAAUCCAGUGAUACGAGGCCUCGAAGAAGAUCUCCCCAAAAUUUUUACAUUCUUCGCGGCAAUCACGAAUGUGCUAGUAUCAACAGAAUAUACGGGUCCUACGAUGAAUGUAAACGUCGAUAUAAUAUCAAGCUAUGGAAAACGUCCAUGGAUUGCUUCAAUUGUCCACCUAUCGCUGCAAUCGUCGAUGAGACAAUUUUGA